GAGGAUUUCGCUCUCGCUUGGCCACACUGCUCUUUGUUGGUGUGAGGCCGACGCCGGCUUCUGGAGGACAGGUCAGACAGACAGACGAACCCAAAACAUGUCAGGGUUGCGGUGUCAUAUGUCGCUGCCCGUGUCGGUGGGGGUCUUGUUGGUGGGCCUCCCUUACUCCAUCUCUCUAGCUGCCCAGUGGCUUUACGGCUGGCCCAGCAAGCCGGGAUACAAGAAGUACAUAGAAGCUCUGAAACCACGACGAAUAUACUGUUUGACCAGAGCUGUGCUGGAGACUCUCAAAUACCUGCAAUAUGGGCGACUUUACUUUCAGUGGAAGUCAUGGUACAAGAAUGAGGAAAACCGCAAGCACUAUGAGAAGGGCAUCACAUUUGGCCGCAGAAACAACAAGCUGGACUUGUACCACCCUCCAAACGUGGACGGGUCAAAGGUGUGCCGGCGCCGCUGGUGGUGUUUCAUCUACGGGGGAGCGUGGGGCUCCGGAGAUCGAUCCAUUUACUGUUUGAUGGCGAGGCAGAUGGCGAAAGAACUGAGUGCAACUGUCAUUUGUCCUGAUUACUUUGUCUAUCCGAAGGCGAACGUUUUAGGCAUGAUCCAAGAUAUUGUGGACUGCCUCAUUUGGGCCCGAGAGAGUGGACAGAAGUUCAACUUUGAUAAAGACAACAUAGUAUUAAUCGGCCAUUCGGCAGGUGCUCAUUUGUGCACAUUGGCCGCGCUGUUUCUCAUUGACGGACGAGAGGAGCUUUUCAUAGAGGCAAGCAAGCAGGCGGACGUCACAGAGGCCAUAAGAGGAGUCAUUGGUCUGAGUGGCGUGUACAACAUCGUGGACCAUUACGAGCACGAGCAGAAGCGGGGAGUCGAGUACGUCUCCACCAUGCACAAAGCCAUGAAUGGAGUGGAGAACUUCCCGUACUACUCGCCGACACACUUACUGAAGAGGCUGAGCCGGGACAAGCUGGACAGAAUCCCUCCGUUUGCUCUGCUCCACGGGACCGACGACAUCAUCGUCCCCUUCGAUUCCUCCGCAAAGUUCUGCGACCUCCUCACCUCGCUGUCCGUGAAGGUGUCGCUCUACCUGCUCCCCCGCGUCGACCACACCGAGAUCGUCACCGACCUCAUGGUGCCCGACCGCCGCUUCUACCACCCCAUCUACAGCUGCAUCAAGCAGGAGCACAGGAAGCUGCUGGGGGCCUGGUGACGACCCGUCAGGAGAACACCCACCACUCGUCCAUCCAUCACUCGUAUUUACUGAUUGUGCCAUAUACUUGCUUUGUUUACGUCCCAUGCUCUAAUACCUCAACAUGAAUCGUGUUUAGCAUGGAUUUUUACUUGAUUGUGAUUCCGUGAUCAUGAUGUUUUUGAACAGAUUUUAAUUUGGUAAAUCUAAGGGUUACAUGUCAGUGAUUUUUCAUCUACAUUCUUUAAAAAUAAUAUUCCUUGUGGAAUGCAGUGUAGAUAACAUCAUUCUAAUGUUGUGUUGGAGAGAUGUUAGCUAGCUCACAGUAAAGGGAAAUCAAUCCAUAAGUGUUAUAAAAAGGACAGUGAAGCAGACUGAUACAUGCCGUGCAGUGAUACUGAUAAAGGAGCACAGUUACGACAGUACUGACUGCAACAUUUUGUCUAAUUGACUUUGGUGUUUUUAUUCAAUUAAAUUGUAAUAUAUUUUCCUGAAAAAAUAUUUAUUCAUCGUAGACACAUUAAACUCAUUCGAAUUAAACUAAUAUGACUACAAAUUGCUUGCACAAUGGAAUAUUGUACUUAAAUGUUUUGCCCAGCAAAAGCACUUAAAGAUUGUUAAUUGUACAAUUUUACAUUGUUUUUAACAUGUGCUUGUACUUUUGUUUCGGAAAGUUUUGUAUCAGAAGCGUGUCCCAUACAUACCAUACAUUUAAAAUGUCAUCAGGUAAUGGUUGUUGAAAACAUAAAUAUACUUUGUUGCAAUGUAUAAAACUCCAUUAAACCAUAUAAUGUAAGAGAACAUG